CAAACCCUAAUAUUCUUUUCAUGAUGCAUAACAGAGAUUUUACAGAAGAAAAAAUACUGAAGAUGCCUGAUAUAGCUCCAGAUAGGUCCUUAGCAAGAGUUCUGCCCUCUUUGGGAAAACAUGAGUCUUCGAACUCUGGAGUUAACCACUCAAGAAAUAAUUCGAUGGUAAAUUAUAAAUAUUUGAGGAAGUCUUGAGAUUCAAAACGAAGGAAUCCGAAAGUGAUUAAAUCUGCUCAUUCGUAUAAAAGGUUUCCUAAGGAUUUCUUUCCGAAGGUGAGCUCUAGAGAUAGUUUUGAUCAGGACCAACUACCGGAAUUUGGAAAGCAGAUAAAACAUGACAUGAGCUCUAAGAACAGUAUCUUCAAAAAUAAAGUGCAUUACUUCAAAAGAACUCCGGAGAAACUAAGUUACAACAUAACCAAGAAGAAUCUUCGAUCUGCACAAAGAGGUCCAACUGAUGCCAAUCUUAAUAAAUUUACCUUCCAUUAUUCUCACGAUCGCAGAGAAUCUUGAGGAGAUAUUGGAGGAAGCUUCAAUGGAAUUAUUUAUGGUGGAUCAUCUCUUUCCAACAAAAGAUCAAACACAAACCAUGGCAGAAGGAGUCGGAAUGAUGGUCAGUUGAACUAUAACCAAUCCGAGAAUUUUGUUCAUCCCCAUAGAGCAGGACUCUCUAUGAUCUCGAUUUCUGACCUGAACAAAGGAACUUACAUUAAUAGCGUGAAAAAUAUUCCCAGUUUAGAUGAUAAGAUUGGCAUGAACAAUCUCAGAGAGAGCAAGAUUGAGCAAUCAAAUAAUAUGACAUAUGUUAAAAAUAUCAAAGUGCUACCAGAUAUAUCACUUGAUACAUCUAAUAGCCGCCAAGCGAUCCGGUGAAAUCCUCACCAGAUCUCUUCACAAGAAGUGAAAAUCAAGUCAAAGGAGAGAAGUAUCAGCAAAAGCCUGGAGAAAGGUGAAAAAUCAAAUGAUAGUUCAGAUAAUGACAUCUUUACCCGAUGUAGGACGCUAGAUGUCCAAAAUAAUUCUCAGGAAGCUAGAGAAGACUUAAACAACCUCAACAUUCCGCCAAUAAGGAACAUAAGAAUCCCUGAUAACAAAAAUACCAGCUUAAAUCCAAUCGAGAUCUCUAAUAAGAAAAUCUCAAACAAAAAGAACAGGAGUAAAUCCAGAAUCAAAGUACCAGACGUGUUCCACGAAAGGUCUGAAUCUAAGAAGAGGUUGAGAAUGAAGGUGAGCAGGUCAAAGAAGAAUCUAACAAAAAUGCUUAAGAAUAAACUUCCAAAAACAGAUGAUAAUCAAUUCACCCUCAGAUGCCCAACAGAGAGAAUGAAGAGAGAAGGACCAAAACUUGAGGUCGGUAAAUUCAAAGAAUACAAUAAUGCUGGUAAUCCUAACAAAGAAGAAACUAAUAAUGCUGAUUACUCAAGCAUCGAUCUUGAUCAAGAAUUACUUGGGACAAGUUAUUCUAAGAGUAAGCCUGAAAAUGGGAAAAGAAAUAACUAUUGUGAGGGAAAAGGAGAUGCAUAUCUUUCUCCAAACAUUAAUAGGAAGGAUUCCAUGUACUCGAGAAAAAUUACAGGAGCUACAGAAAAUACAAAGGCUGACUCUGUUUUCAAAAGAAGUGAAGUUAGCAACAAGCAAAUAAAGAGAGGAAAGCUUCAGCUUGGGUUUGAAAUAGAGUCAAUGCAGAGCUCAAACAUGUUCGUUACCAAGUCUGAAGAAGACGAGGAACAAAAGUGUCAAAAAGCUUCAGAGUCAAGCAUCGAUAAUAUUGAAACGGCUCCUCGGAUUGAAAAUGGAGACUCAAAUCCAACAUCGAAUAAUACCUCAGAACUGGAGAACAGUGAGUUAAAAGAAACAGCUGAUUUCUUCAGGCCAUCCUUGAAUGCUUCCCCAAGUAAAAGAUUUUCUUUCGGGCGAGAUAAAUGAGUGGCUAAGAACUAUAACGAAAAUAAAAACCGAAAUUUUAACCUGAAGUUAAAACUUCCCAAAGAGCAUCAGAAGCUUUCUCCAGAUAAGAAAUGAUCUAAAGUAGAUUUAAAGUACCCCGACACAUACCGAAACAUACUCCCUCCAUCAGCCAUAUCCCUUCAAGUUCCUUCAAGAAAUAUAAAUCUAUCAAAAUCAACAACUGAAACUAAAAGUUUCCUUAAAAGACUCCAAAAAACUAGGAAGAAGGAUGAUAAGCACCAGCUUAACCAGGACUGGAUAAAACUUAGUCCUCCUAAGAAAUGUCUGUAAAAUUUAGUUUUAAUUAAUUUUACAAAUUAGGUAAUUUUAGAGUUAGAUGAUGGAAUUAGGUGAUUUGGAGGUGUUUUAUGAGCAUAGAAUUGGAUUUUGGACCAGGAGGUUUUUAAUGGAAUAAGAAUAAGAUGUACCUGUGGAGGGUUGGAGUAUGAGAAGUGAAAGGGAGAGAUGAGAUAAGUGAAAGGGAGAUGGAAGAUGAGGUGAUGAGGUUGGAGGGAGAGGAAGGAAGUGGAGUUUUGGGAACAAAAUUUGGAAACAACUUGAUUAGUCAGAGGGUCUGUAUUUUAAAUCUACAAGAAAACACAAUACAUACAAUCCAAACAACCCAAAACUAAACUUUACCAUAUCUCUCAUCUCCUCAAAAUUCCUUUCUAACCCUUCUUUCUUUCUCUUACUCCUUUCACACCUCCUUUCUCCUUCCUCUCUUUCCUUCUAUCCCCUCUCUUCUCCUUUUUCUUUCCUUUCAAAAUCCUAAAAAUUCAUCUUAUGUCUCUUAGUCUCGCUAAUUUUUA